AUGACGGACCAACGGGGCCGAGCCUUUGGGUUUGUGAACUUCGAGCAGUCCAAAGAUGCCAAGGAGUGUGUGCGGCUGAUGCACCGCAAGGACUUGCGAACUCGGAAGGAGCAGAAAGAGGCCAAAAAGUUGGAGGCAGAAGGUAAAGCUCCGCCAGUGACGUUGGAUAUGGAUGGACAUCCUGAACAUCUUCUCUAUGUCGGCCGUGCACAGAAGAAGGAAGAGCGGGAAGCGAUGUUUCAGAAGCAGCUCGCUGAGAAGGGGAUCCUUGGCAAUUUGGUUUGGUCAGGGGGUGCAGCGUCAUGCAGCAUCAGUACUUUCUGGAAACCACUGGUGUGGUUGAGAUAUGUUGAGAUAUGA